UCCUCUUCCUUCUCCCUUGUGCGCAUGCGCGGCCUCCUUCUCCUCCCAGCAUCCCUCGGCGUUGCCGGAAGCUCCUUGACAGGGCGGCAAGAUGGCGGACAGACCCGUUCCUCUUCAGAAUAAACGGCUCUUGGAUGUGAAAGUUGGGCAGCUGCCGAGCUGGUUGGCCACUCGAGAUUUCACCCCGGUAGGGAUUGUUAGAGGUUGUCGUGGAGGUUAUGACAGAUUUAUCGCAAAGUACAUUGAUGUGAAGAAGUGCGGCAUUGGUGGUAUUGCUAUGAUGUUAACGGGUUAUGUCAUCGUCAGCUACAUCUGGAAUUACAGCCAUCUCAAGCAUGAUCGCUGGAGGAAGUACCACUGAGAGCCACCGAACCAGAAGAAUGCAUUUUGCCGCUCUGGCGUCUAAUGGGGGACCCUCUCAGCUGGAGGCAGCUCGGCUCUUACGUGUGGAUUUCUGUUCUGGCAUCAGUUAUGUACCCCGAGACCAAUAAAAUCUAUACUGUC